CUGUGUGUGUGCGUGUGUGUAGGCUUAUGCUAAUUGCGGUCUCCCGACUGGCCUUCUGGGUAGAGUCUGCGCGAGUGGGAGUGGAGAGCGAGUCGCUCGGUCUCGGCAGCAUUCACCCACUCAGCGCGGCGGCGGCGGCGGCAGCGGCGGCACUCCCCGUACGAACCUCCCACCAGCGGACCGACUAAGCAAAUCAAACGGCGCAUCGAACUCACAACCGACCGCCUGGGCUACCGUUGUUAUAGUUCCCGACCGACCUCCUCCUUUCCCGGCUUCUUUGUCGUCUUCUUCUUCGGCAGAUAGAGGAACCACGCGAGGCGGAACUACCCUGUCGCGAGCCCCCCCCUUAAGCUAAUAGCCAGCCAUUACGAGACCAGACGACACGACGACCGGCUAUGGAGUGACGGAGAGCGGCCGCGAGAAGAGCGGAGGAGGACGGCGUGCUCCGUUCGAAGCCAACAUGGCGCUCGUGCUCUUUCGAGCUUCGGCCGAGCUGAGUUGAUUUUUCCCCGGACUUCGCCACCUGUAUCUCCCCUCGGUGGACCGACACUCGGAUUCUAAACGCGAAACUGGCUUCGUUUUCUUGAAGAAAUAAGGAUGACUUUCCUUUAGAGUGGAUAACCCCUUCGACACUUUUUUGUGUUUAAAACUUGGCAAAAGAGGACAAAAAACGACACAAGUUGGCUGGAAGUGACGCCGAAUUAUCCAGGGCUACAUCUGUUCGUGAUGUCGAUGCUGAGACACAAACCAAUCUGGAACUAAGACGAGGGAACCACAUCACAAACAUGGUGGAUGCAAGGUUGACACCCCUGGCAGCGAUGGGGCUGGACCGAGGCACCCUGAUACACGAUGGACUUCGCCUCCACGGCGGCGUUGUGUAUCCGGGGAUCAGAACGCUUCAGACAGAGAAGAGUCGAGAGGCGCCUGUCCUACCACUCGGUUACAGUCGGGAUGGUCUACCAGAGCUUGUCUACAAGCCCGACAGCCCUCUGGACAGUCGUAAACCCACUAAUGGAUACCUGGGCCUAUACAAGGGCAUCCCGCCUAAUCUCCACAAGCCGGUGCUGAUUCCGGGAGCGGAGGGUUUAAGCUUGGAACGACGGGUGGCACCAGGGGAAAAAGCUCCUGAAAUGAGCUUGGCAACUGCUGGUGGAAGCUACCUCCGUCUGCCCUGGCUUAACCCCUACCCGGAAGCCAGCAUGUAUCCCUUUAUGGAUUCAUCCAAGUAUGCGGCUCUGAACAUGUAUAAGGCUUCAUUGCUCAGCCAGCCCAACCCUUACCUUCCCCAGCAUCUGGCCUACCCUUCUCUCUGUGCACCCCAGGGUGGGAAUGUCAACCCUGCUGCAGUUACCUCUGCUGCCGAGAGGAUCUACUAUAUGCCUCCUUACCCACCUCCUACUAUCUCCUCUCCCCUGGUGGCGCCUCCGAUGAGGAUCCCUCCCGUCACAGUGGCCCCCACAUCACUGGUGCAUUGUCAGGACAAAGCACUCGGUGUUGCGCCUCCGUUUGUGCAGCAGCUUCACCAACCUUCCUCUCAUCCUCAGCAUCAUCCGCCUUCCAUAGACAGGGAGCGAUCGCCAAACAGGAGCAGUCGGCCAAGUAGAUCUCCCUCUCGGAGCGGAACUAGCAAUAACAGCAGUAAUACAAGCACGGGUGCUACCAGUGGUGGUAAUAAUAAUAGUCUGCCAACUGACUCCUCACCUCAUGCGUCUUCUCGCCUCUCCCAACCGCUCAUUGACAAUUCACUGGAUUUACAAAGGCCAGUUGCGAGGAUAGGCCAGCUGCCUUCCUCCUCAGCUUCAAUGUCUGCCUCACCGUCUGCCACACAGCCUAUAUCUCAUCUAUUAUCUGUCAGCAGCAUGGCCUCAGAGCAGCCCUCCCCUGCCCAACCCAGACCAAGAGACGGGGUGCCUGGUGCUGAAAAGAGACCCAGCAGGUCACCCUCAAAGUCCAAUUUUGACAGGACCGCUCACCCACCCCAAGCAACCAAAGAAUCAACAGAGAAGCCAUUGGAUUUGUCUGGAAGAAUGCUUGAGUUUGGGCUGCCUCCCAAUGGUUUCCCCAUUAAGAUGGACACUAUAGCUCCUGGUGCACGAUACGGACUCCCCCCAAAUGGAGAGCUCCUAAAAGAGAACCUAUCCCUCUCUCCCUCCUCCCACCCUCACUCUGUGUUAAACAGCACUUCUUCAAAGGCCUCAGAGAGACCAGAGAUGAUCAGCACUUUACACUCCUCCUGGGUUAUACCCAGCCGGUCUCCCUCCCAAACACAGCACACCCCAGGCUUAUCCCCAUCUCCCAGGCCCAAUGCAGAUUUGGGACCUUCACAAGCCAAAGGCUCCUCACCCUCAGUCAUCAAACACAAGAGUCUGGAAAGGGUGCUCCCUCAGCAGCGUAGCUCGUCCUGUCCAAGGAUAAGUGAGCCCAACAGUCAACACUUGGAAUCCUCUCACAUCAGCUCCAGGGGUCUUUCUCCCAAACCCAACGGUGACUGGGUCAAACACAGCCCCAUCCAGGCAGAACACGCACCAGUCAUGGGCCACCACAGAGAGGGGGCGGAGAAGUCAUCCCAGAGUGUGAAGAGAGGAGAAUCCACUCCCGAAACGUACAAAAGGCCCAUCUUAGAGAACGGUCACCCUGCUGGGCCCCUGUACCUUCCGCAGAGUGACGCAUACCUGAGCCACAGCUUGGCUUAUGCCAAUCGAUAUCUGCACUACCCCAUCCCUGACAGCAUGGCACUUCAUUCUCUGCCAAUUGCAGGGAAAGGUCCUGUUUACCCUCACCCAGUGUUGCUGGGCAGCAAUAACCUUUAUCCAACACACUUGGCAGCAAAACCCCCUUUACCUUACCACAACUUGCCACCUGGUUCAGCGGGGGAAUACCUUGCUUAUAACUCACAGGAGAUGGCCCACCCUCUGAUGCAGCCUCACUCUGAUAAUAAGCUCUUGGAAAGGGGGGAUGGCAACUUGAAACCAAGGGGACAGGAAAAGUCCCGGGGUUCUUUUGAUGAAAGAGAGAAGAACAUGGGUAAGGAGAUGAGAGAAGGCAGCCAAAUAAAGUCUGACAAAGAAGGACAAGGCAGUAAUCAAAUGAAAAGACCUUCUCAGUCUGUCGCUCCCCGAGAAAAGAUUGACUGCAUUGACCUCGUUCACUCGGACACCGAUGUAGAGUCUACCCCGACCGUCCAGAAGCAACCCUCAGCAGAAUCCUCUACUUUUGACCAAAAUGAACGUUACCACAGUAACCAAAACGCAUUGAGGAUAGAGUACGAGCCAAAAUUUCAUCUUUCUCAUCCUUAUCCCAUGCUCUCUGGACAGAGCCCCACACAGAGACCCAACCCUGCAGAUAGGCAGCAGGAAACUUCUUACGGAAAGCCAAAGGUUCUUCAGGACGCAGGCUGCCCUGGGGCAUCGAGCACAUCUGCAAAUAAUGCAGGACAGCUCAGCCAAGAACAAGAUGACUCCUCAGAGCGACUGUCCCCCAGUCCAGACCCCGCAAGUGACGACCAGAGCACCUUGCGCUGCGCCCGAACAUCUGGGGAGCGCAGCUCCGGUAAGGACAAAGGACAGCGGGACAGCAGGGGCCCUCACUUCACUAAUUCGCAUUACACUGCAAAAGAGGCUACAUGUAGAGACACUGAAAAUGAAGACAGCGUCGUGGACCUAGGCGAGUCUCAAGGCGAGGGCGACGACGAGGACGAGGAUGACGAGAUUAGCCAUACUUCGACCAGAAACUCCCGUCGGUCCAGCCUUGCCAAGAGAAUCGCCAACUCAUCGGGCUACGUUGGUGACCGCUUUAAAUGCGUCACCACAGAGCUGUAUGCUGACUCCAGCAAGCUGAGCCGCGAGCAGAGAGCUCUGCAGAUGGAAGUCAUAUCACGAGAGGGGAGUAAUAUAAGUCAACCUGCAGCUAACUGGGAGCGGGCCAUGAUGCGGUUCUCAGAGCUGGAGCUGAAAGAGAAGGAGGGCGGCGGCGGUCUGUGCGUGUCUGUGUCGGCAGCAGGACGAGAGCUGGCGGACAUCCAACAUAGAGAGCGAGUGCUGGAACACGGCCAAUACGCCACCCGGCUGGGGGAAAGUGAGGGUGUUCGGCCUGCGUUCCCCAAUAACCGAGUCCCCGUUCUCCAGAGGUGCAUUGCGCAGAGCCUUGCAGCAUUCAGCGAAGGCGCUUGCCACAACUCCGAAGUAGGCCCCCCCACCUUGGCGGCUGCAACGAGGGAGUCCACCAAGGACGAGGCGUUCUGUCAUGACUUCAGCAGGAAGCGUCUGCACGUCCCCAAGGUGGAGCAGGACUCUGAGCAGGAGGAUGGAGAGAGGGUGUCCAUCCCUCUGAAAAGAGCCAGGAUGUCUGCCGAUGAGCAUGAGCAGACAAGUCUUGAUGAAGACGAUGACGACGACGAAGUCCGGAAACUAAAAGUCUGCAUCGAGCUCAAGGGUCUGCGCCUCAGCAAGCCCACCCAAGGUGGCGCCCCCUCGCCGGACCUCCCGCUCAUCAAGCAGGAGCUUCCCUGGCCCCAGUCGCGGCAGCUCGGGUCGGCCCAGCGUGACGAGCGUGCGGCGGAGCAGAGAGCCGACGUCAACAGGAAGUGGCUGCUCAACGGAGUCGCUACGCCUCCCCUUCACCCCGGCGACCAGCUGAAGGACAGAGCGCACCCGCUGGGCCCCUUCUCAGGUGACCGUGGCCUCAAGGAGCCUCGGCGCGGCCCUCCCUCCCCGGGCGCUGAGCCCACACUGGGAGGUGCCCCUCCCCUCAAGCUGCGUCGUCAUAGCGAUGCGGACAAGCCCAAGGGCAAGCGGCCGUGCAAGACCAAACACACCAGCCAACGGGAGCGGGAGAAGAGGAAAGAGGGCGCCCCUAGCAGCCCUGGCCAGCGCUUUCCGGCUGAUCCGGGAGCAGCCGAGGACGACAGGCUGAGUGAGCAGCGAGAGGCUCAGAGGAAGCGAGCUGCCUCUCCUAAUCAUUAUCCCUGCUCUCCAGUCAAGCCCUGCUCCCCCGCCGCGCUCUGCCCGCCCCCGCCGCAGCCCCAGACGAACGGCAGAGCGGGCGGCGUCCCACCAGAGGUCACCAGGCCGCACCGGACGCCUGCCGUCAUUGCCGUUGACACCACCCCGGCGGUGCGACCCAUUCCGCCUGAGGCACGUCGGCUUAUCGUGAACAAGAACGCAGGCGAGACUCUCCUCCAGAGAGCGGCGCGUCUGGGCUACGAGGAGGUGGUGCUGUACUGCCUGGAGAAUAGAGUGUGUGAGGUGAAUCACCGUGACUACGCCGGCUACUGCGCCCUUCACGAGGCCUGCGCCCGCGGCUGGCUCAGCAUCGUCCAACACCUUCUGGACUACGGCGCCGACAUCAACUGCAGCGCACAGGACGGCACCAGGCCUAUUCACGACGCCGUGGAGAACGACCACCUUGACGUGGUUCGCGUCCUGUUGUCCUACGGGGCCGACCCAACCCUGGCCACGUACUCUGGCAGAGGCCUCCUCAAGAUGACCCACAGCGAAGUCAUGGAGCACUUCCUCACCGAUUAUUUUGCUGACCUUCAGGGCCACUCGGAUGACGACCCGGGGCUUUAUUGGGAAUUCUAUGGCAGCGCGGUGUGCGAGUCUGCAGAGGAGGGCGGCGCCGGUUACGACAUCCUGGCCAAUCCACCAGGCCCAGAUGACGAGGACGAGGACGACAAGAGGGAGGUGUUUGAGUUUGAGUUCUCUGACCGACCUCUGCUGCCUUGCUACAACAUCCAGGUGUCCGUCUCUCAGGGGCCCAGAAACUGGCUUCUCCUGUCAGACGUCCUCCGCCGGCUGCGAAUGUCGGCCCGCGGCUUCCGCCAGGCCUUCCCGCACAUGGAAGUGGUGACGGUGGCCGAGGCGGAGUUCUACCGACAGGCGUCCCUGUCGCAGCUCUUCUCUUGCCCGGAGGAGCUGGAGGGCUUCCACCCGGACAGCAAGGAGCUGCUGGACCUGGUGGAGGACAGCGCAGAGCUGGCUGCCUUGCUGGGCUCCACACUGGAGUGCCUGGACGACCGCUGGGACCACGCCAGGGACAAACUGAAGGAGAAGAUCAAGGCCGCCGGACAGGUGGGCCUCAUCCUGAACCCAGGUCCCAAUAAGCACUGAUCCUCUUGCAAGACUGGCGAGGUGGCUUUUUCCAGCGCUGUGGUGCACUGUAUAUAAUACCUACCUUUGGACCUGCUGGCUGACCUGUCAGCUUAGCCAUAUGUUUGACUCUCAACAACUGAUGGUCAUAUUUUUUAUAAAUUAAUAUAUGUACAAAUAAGUAAAUAUAAAUGGAUAUAUGUAUGUACAUCUCUGUAUACAUGUGUGUACAUAAAAAAAAAAAGAUUUCUCUUCUUUCUGAUGAUGCUAACCACUGACAAGCGUGCUUGUCAGCAGUGGGAUGGCAUACGUGUAGCUGCCUGUGCCAUUGAAUGUGCUAUUUGAGUUCAUAUAGGGAGCACAUGAUGUACAAUUCUUUGCCCCCCCCUGAACCCCGAACCCCCACGAAGACUUCAAAACAGGAGGGGCUAUUUUGUUGUACAUCUUUUUUGUAAUGUUGGAAUUGUGCUUACGGUCAAGUCUGUAAUUUAACAUGCGGAUCUACAGCGUUGAUUGUAUGAUAAAAGUUUUAUUGUAAUACUGAUGUUCACCCUUUUGGCAACGAGCUUGUGUGUGUAUAUAUAUAUAUAUAUAU